CUUAAAGUCCCAGCAAGGCCUCUUGGUAGACUUCUCUGCUUUCCCACAAAAAUUUAUAGAUCUGCUUCAGCAAUGCAUUCAGGAACAGAACAAAGAUAUCCCAAGGUUUUUGCUGCAGUUAGUUUCUUCAGCAUCUGUUCUAGAUCACACACCUGUCUCUUUAAAUGUAGUGGAGACCAACCCUUUUAAACAUCUUACCCAUCUCUCUCUAAAAUUCCUACCAGGAAAUGAUGCAGAAAUAAAGAAGUUUUUAGCCAGCUGUUUGAAGUGCCUUAAGGAAGACAAAACAACCUUGGAAGAAAAGCUUAGAAAAACCGAAGAGGAUCUUACCAGACAACUGAGCUGCACUCAACAGAGCUUGUCAGAGAAGAGCCGAGAACUAGACAAACUGAAAAACGAAUGGACAUCAUACACUACAGCUCUAACAAACAAACACACACAGGAGCUGACAAAUGAAAAGGAGAGGGCUCUCCAGGCACAGGCUCAGUACCAACAACAACAUGAACAACAGAAAAAGGAAUUAGAAAAUUUGCAUCAGAAAAGUAUUCAGCAGUUGCAGAGCAGACUCUCAGAACUUGAGGUCAUCAAUAAAGAUCUAACAGAAAGGAAAUACAAAGGAGACUCCACAGUCAGAGAACUGAAAGCAAAGCUUUCUGGAAUGGAAGAUGAAUGUCAAAGAGCAAAGCAGGAGGUGCUGUCACUGCGUCGGGAGAACACUACUCUGGAUGCUGAAUGUCACGAAAAAGAGAAACUCAUUAAUCAGCUACAGACACGGGUUGCUGUUCUGGAACAAGAGAUCAAAGAUAAAGAUCAGCUAGUUAUUAGAACAAAAGAAGUUUUAGAUGCCACACAAGAACAAAAGGCAAUACUGGAAGAGAAUACAGAGAAAAAACAAGGUCAUAUUGAAAAACUAGAGACAACAAUUAAGUCGCUGUCAGCUGAACUUCUUAAGGCUAAUGAAAUUAUCAAGAAGUUACAAGGAGAUUUGAAAACUCUAAUGAGUAAAUUAAAAUUGAAAAAUACAGUAACAAUUCAACAGGAAAAACUAUUGACAGAAAAAGAAGAGAGACUUCAAAAGGAGCAGAGAGAAUUGCAGGAGAUGGGACAAUCUCUUCGAAUGAAAGAGCAGGAGGUCUGCAAGCUACAAGAACAGUUAGAAACUACAAUACAAAAACUAGAAGAAAGUAAGCAGUUACUGAAGACCAAUGAAAAUGUAAUCACAUGGUUAAACAAACAGCUGAAUGAAAUUCAGAUGUCCAAGAAGCUAGAGACUCCUGCCAGCACACACGGUGGUGUUAGGACUGGGAUUUCACCUCAUGGCAUGCCUGACCGACCAUCCUUUGCCAGCUCAGCAAUCAAUCAUCCCAUUUCUCCUCUGUAUGCCUUCCAGCACUUGCCAGAACCAGCACACAACAAGAAUGUCAAUCCACCAUGUCCAGCACCAAAGAUUCAGUUUAACACACAGCUCUCUAAAAUGACUCGAAGUUCAGAUGAUCAGGCAGUGACUGCUGCAACUAGUCAUCCAGCAAAUAAGGAGAAUGGUGGUAAUUUGGGGCUGGAAUCAAAGUAUUUCAAGAAAAAAGAUGACAGCAUUCCUUUACGAGGGCUUAGUCAAAAUACACUUAACGCAGAGUACCUGAAACCCUACUUGCCGACAAAAGCCCAACCAUCACUGAAAGCUGCUGUAACACCAUCCUCAGCUUACUUUCCGGGAUAG